AAAGCCUUAUUUCCAACAAAGUGGUAUCAGAGCUUCAAGAUCCUCAAAAGAUGGCGAAUGAAGAUUUUCCUUUCCAAAUGCCGAUGCUCACAAAGAACAACUAUGAUAAUUGGAGUAUCAAGAUGAAGGCACUACUAGGAGCUCAAGAUGUGUGGGAUAUCGUAGAGAAUGGCUUCGAGGAGCAAGAUGAAGUCUCGCUAAGCCAAGGUGUAAAGGAGACGUUGAAGGAGUCAAGAAAGAGAGACAAGAAAGCUCUCUUUCUCAUUUAUCAAUCGGUGGAUGAAGAAACAUUUGAGAAGAUAUCCAACGCAACGACGGCCAAAGAAGCAUGGGAUAAGCUUCAAACUUGCAACAAAGGAGUUGAGCAGGUAAAAAAGAUUCGUCUUCAAACUCUUAGAGGUGACUUUGAGCGUUUGUUUAUGGAGGAGUCCGAGUCAAUUUAUGAUUAUUUUUCUUGA